UAAGGCGGGGCGGUGGUGUGCGCCGUUUAUACGGCCCACAGCACGAGACAUUUUGAGCUCCAAGACUUAAGACUAUAAAAGUCCCGAAUUAAACGUAGCGACUUACCAUCGUCAGCCGUCAAAAAUUUAGAAUUUGUAUGUUAUAAACUCUACACCUGCUAUCAGUCUAACAUGUAAUUUAGUUUGUUAUUGGCUAAAUUUUCAACUCGAUUAAGCGAUGCAGACGGAUGAACUAGGCUUCUCCUCCGUCAAAAACACAAUGAGAGGGGAUUGUGGAAGGACACGAACACUAUUCGUUAACUCGUACCCCGGGUACCCCCUAGAACUGUGUCCCAUCAGUGAUCAGAGAGAGCCCAUCACCCGUCAGAUCGAAAACAGUGUUUUAGUUUUGAUAUAUGCUGUACCAAUUACAAUAAAUGGUAACAACAAUUCGUCUGCGAUAAGGCCUAGACCCACUCCUCGUCCGAUCCCCAGCUCCACAUUUACACACCCGGCCACACCAAGACAUUCUCGUCCAGUCCCUACUAGACCACCUUCCUCUGGUGCUAGACCAGUUCAACCAAUAGCUCAGCCGGGAGCAGCUCUAAAUCAGUCUACAAGAGCUCCUCCUCUGUCCAUAAAUAGGUUGCCUGCACCUCACUACAGUGCCCCUCGGCCAAUAAGUAAUAACAUACCUGUUUCUUUGUCUCCUGGAUUUUCAAGCAGUAGACCUCCUCCUCGACCGAUUAGAUUUAACCAGGCAGCUGGAACCAGUGCCCCUCCACGUCCCUCAGUGAGACUACAAGGAGCAUUAAAAUCUGACGCUUCAAAUCAUCGAGGUGUUGAAAUUCACCCUUCAAGAAGCAGAUUUGUGGAAGAAGAUCAUGAUGGAGAAAACACUAGGAAUGAAAAAGACACCUUGACCAGUACGGAACAACUUGUUCUAGAUAAGAUGAAAAGCAGCAACAAUCCUUGGACAAUCAGACAGCUGAAAAUGGGUGGAGGAUACGUGACGCAUAACCUUUGUACGGGAUUGAUAGAUAAGGGCUUUAUCAUCAAGAUUGACAUGGGGAAUGAAGAGCCAAUGUAUGCGAUUAAUCUCAAGAAAAUUACAAAAUCUACAUUUCCUUCCAAGAGAUCAGCUCCUCUGCCCAUGCCAGGUGAUCAAAGUUCAGCAUUCCAAGCUAAGACUGCAAGGUUGAACCCUGUAAGUGCCAUCCAAAUAAGUAGUAAAAUAGCCCAUGACUCAAUCAACAAGAAUCCCAUCUCGGCUAUAAUUGAACUCGCCCAAGCUAACGGACUCGCUCCAGCCUUCAACAUUACACGCACAUCUGGCCCCACAAAUCGAAAGAAAUUUCACAUGAGACUAACCAUGGGGGAUCGCACGUUUGACUCAGUAGCCACCAGCAAAAAGGUGGCCAAACAGAAUGUGGCUGAACUAGCACUGAGAAUGUUACACUCAGAGCGGUCCGGGGCUGUGCCUGUGUCCACGGCAGUCGUUGAUGUCUCUCAAAAGAGUUCCAGGGAUCCUGAGAUAUUAGUUGAUCAGAUUAACGAGUUCACUCCUAUCCAUAGUAGCACGAUCGAGGGUACUGGAUUUUUCGGUAAAGUCGGGAGAUUCUCCUAUGACACUUACAACAAAUUAGCUGCAUCCGUGCAUCUUUCAACCGUUGGAAGAAAAGUUAUUUCUGUUUUCAUCAUCGAAGAUUCACGAUCAGGUUUACCUUUGUGGUCCGCUGUUUCCCUUGGAUCAGGAAACAGGACAGUGAAUGGUGAUAACAUCAACUUUGAGGGUAAAACUGUCAAUGAUUCACAUGCUGAAAUAACUGCCAGACGUGGAUUUCGACGAUUUUUGUGGAAACAGCUGCGAACUGUCACUGGGAAGGAGGGAAAGGCGAUGCCGUUUGAUGCUGUUUUGGAGGAAACUCCAGGUGGUAAAUACAGGCUGAACCACAAAGUCAGAGUUCAUCUUUUCAUCAGCACCGCGCCCUGUGGUGACAGCGCAAUAUUCCCCAUUUCCGAAGCUACACAGUCAAAUGAACACGUGGUCGCACAUGAUCCAACGAUGGAAAACGAAAAACAGGGCUUGCUGAGAAGCAAAAUGGAAUCAGGCCAAGGAACCAACCCAACAUCAUCCUCAGAAGAUCCUCUCACAAUCGACGGUAUUAUGAUGGGCGACCAAAGGUUAAAAACGAUGUCCUGCAGUGAUAAAGUGAGCAGAUGGAACAUACUGGGCCUGCAAGGUUGUCUCCUCUCUGAGUACCUGGAACCCGUCUACCUGUCCUCGCUGACACUGGGCUGUCUCUACCACCACGGUCACCUGUCCCGCGCAGUGUGCUGUCGUUACAAUGACAUCCCCCUCCCGGCCCCCUACCGCCUCAACCACCCACUGCUGGGAUGUGUGCCUGGUCAGGAGGCUGAGAGGGAGCUGGGUAAAACCAAUGAAAUGAGUAUGAACUGGUGUGCAGGUGAUGACAAGGUGGAGGUGCUGGAUGGGUGUCGGGGGAGGUGCGCUAAGGGUGUCAUCUCCAGACUUGCUCGUGUUAGUGUGCUGAAGGAGUAUGAGGAGUUUUCUGGGGCCGAGUGUAAGGAUUAUAACAAGGUUAAGGAGCGGAUUACCGAAUAUUGUGAGGCGAAGGAAGUUUAUAAUAAGUUUGUAAAGGAGAAGAAUUAUGGCGUUUGGAUUAAAAAACCUGCCUGUUGAAUUUCAUUCUAACUUUUCAAUUUUAUUCUUUUUUAAGGGUGGUGAUGAAUAUUUUUAGACAUUCACACUCGGAAUAAUAUAUCUAUUUUCAAUUGUUUUCUUUUUUUGUUUCCACAUUGUUACAGGUGUUUUGCUUUUGAAAUUAAUUUUGAGGUGAACUUUUUACAUUAGUACAGAAUUAUGCUAAUUACAUGAAAACUCUAAUUAUGCUUAUUGCUUAUUUAUUCAAAAUUCUUGUUAAGUAAUU